CGUUGAUUUAUGGAACGCCGAGCGUACCGUAGACAAAGUGCACCGAAAACAAGACAAACAUCACUUUCUAAAAAAUGUCUUCUCACAAUACCAUUCUCCCAAGACAACUUCAAACUUCAUUAUUACAAGCUUCAUCGCGUUUGUAUGAAUCAGCAUGUCCAAACUUGGGUAGAAGUGUAAUAUCCAAGGUACAUGAAUUUACAGCAGCUAAAAAGGAUGCUACGAGACAGCACUGCAUACACUGCCAUAGUCCCUUGCAUCCAGGUGUGUGUAGGGUCAAGCUGUAUCCCAGGCCUCGGAUAACAAGAGAGAUUGAACGUCUGAAGAAGAGACUUGACAAUCCCAGAGAUGGCUCUCUCAGUUCUACUCAGAAGAAGAAGGUCAAGAGAUGGAUGAAUAGCAAGAACAUCUUGGUUAUUUGCUGCAGCUUUUGCAAGAAAACUAAUAGAAUUCCAUGUGCCAAACGAUCUGAAAGACCACAAAGUUUAGAAAGCCAAGCUUCACAGAACGUCUCGUUUCAAGAUUCUGCGUCCAGAAAACGUAAAAGGAGAUCAGAAUCCACUGAUCCACUCUCAAAAUUGGCAACGUCAUCGACUGGGGGAAAUUUUGUGAGUCCACCAUCCAAAAAGCAGAAAAGACAGUCUUCCUCAAGUAGUACCUCACUAACAUCAUCAACACCAGGAAGAUUAGUUCAUAGUAUUGAUGCACCACACCCCAGCCCAUCAGGAAGAUCAAGUAGAAGUGCUAAGAAAGACAAAUACAGACAGCUCCAAACCAUGUUGAAAUCAGCCAAACAAGAGCAGCAUACCAAAAAUCAAUCGCCUCUUUCAAAAUUUCUUACAUCGUUAUAACUGUUAUAACUUAAUAUGUGUCCAUUCCCUUCAUUGAAUGGCUCUUAUGUACAUGUAUAUGAACAUGUGAUGCAUCAGUUGAAAAAACACCCAUAAAGCUUAGCCCAUCGAACUUACAAUGAUUUGAUUUUGAAAGAAUUUGUAAUAGCAUAUCAUGUUAACAUUCAAACAUGUGAGAUUGUAAUUAUUGUGGUUCUGAAUAGUC